AUGGACAAGUUGGUAGCAGAACUAUUGGAUAAAGAGACAUUAACAGGUGAAGAGAUAUUAAAGAUUUUAGGAAUCAAAGGAAAAGAUCUUGGAUCAACAACGGCUUCAAAUCAUUUCUAA